AUGCCUCUUUCUUGUCAAGUCCCCAGAUCUUGCCUUCAGCGCCUGGCUGGCUAUACUAGCCGUCCCCAUGGCUUGACUGUCCUCAGGUCGGCUUCCAAGCCCAUGCCGCGCUUGCUUCAUGAAUCCCACUCCCCGUUGAAAUCUGUCGCCUCACGGGAACAAUUAGGGCUAGACUCCUCUUUUCCUGUCCAAGAGUUUGCCUUCCUGCAAGACCUAAUCAGGAAGUCGCCCUUGUUCCUCCAUGCCUCGAAGCGCAAAGCCGAGGAGUUCCAUUUUCCGCUGGGUACCACAUUCAAGGCUCCGUCACGCGAAAUCGGCCUCGAGAUGAAGGAUGCAUUUGCACAGGCCCUGAGAGAGUAUGGCAUUAUUGCCGUUGAGCUUGGCUUCAAUGACCCUAAGAGUCAGUUUAUGCUCGAAGUCGUGGAAGCAAUGGGAUGUAGUCCCGACACCCACUCCAGCACACAGGGUGCAUUGUGGGACGUAACCUACCGACCCAGCGGCGUCAUCAGCCAGAAAACUGGCGGCAACGUAGUCAGCAUUUCCCACUCCCUGGGCGAAUUCGCCUGGCACACCGACGGCUGCUUCGAAGUCAGCCCGCAACGCUUCUUCGGGCUGCACAUCCUCCAUCCAGAUAAGUUGGGCGGAGGUAUCUUCCGUGUGCUCGCCGUCGAUGACCUCGUCAAACUUCUCUCCCCUGCCUCAAUCGAGACACUCCUCAACUACGAAUUUGAGCUCCAAGUCCCACCAGAGUUUUACAAGGGAGCCACGACGACAAGACACAAGUUGCUGUCCAUCGAACCGAAUACUGGACGAUAUCUUAUGCGCUUCCGUCGUGAUAUCCUGGCCGAUCCGCCUAGUGACGAUCCGGUGGCCAAUGCGGCCGUUGCGGAGUUGAACGCCAUUCUGGAUAAGCGGGAUACUGUGGGGCAGUCUUUCUCAGAGGAUGUAUUCAAGGAGAAUGUUAUCCUUCUGAUGGACAAUGCGCGGUUUUUGCACUGUCGGACGGAGAUUAAGGAUCCGAGACGAUUUCUGAGGCGCAUUCGGUUUAAUGGGACCCCUGGAGUCCGCAACUAG